GAAGUCUUCAAUUCGGACCCAGUUUAAAAUUCGGUUUUAUUUAAACUCUUGCUUCUUUUACCCUAUAAAACCACACAUGGAUUAGACCCCGCCUUUAAACUCAAACGCAAACAAACUUCAAAGUCUCUUCGGCUGCAAAGGCCCCGCCCUCUCGCUCCGGAAUGGCUUCACAAAGGAUUUGCCGACGUUCGGGAAUUCCGCCUUCAGUUCCUUUUUUAGCGCCACUCGUGCGCUGGAAUCUGUCCAGGAUCACACCCAUCUCUGUUAAUUUGACAACACAAAGGACUUCACUGAACCCGAAGACACCGCCUACUAUUCCAAAUAAGGGUCGCCUCUCCAUGUACGGAAAACAAUCGGCUGGAGAGCGUCUUUUUCUCUUCCUUAUCCCGUUUAUAUGAUCCGAGAGGAACUGCGCUACAAGUUACAGCGGUGCGAUCAUGGCGGAGCGAGUCCAGCAGCCCCCGGCCAAGCGGCUCUGCUGCCGGCCCGGCUACAACCCGGCAUGCAGGCAGGGGCAGCGGGCUGGAGGAGUACUUUGUGGCGGUCCGGGGUCCGCUCCAGGGGGAUUGGGAAAAACACACAACCCCGAAUCGCUGCUCGACAUCGCGGCUCGGAGAGUCGCAGAGAAGUGGCCAUUCCAAAGGGUGGAAGAACGGUUCGAACGGAUUCCAGAACCCGUCCAGAGAAGGAUCGUGUACUGGUCGUUUCCGAGGAGUGAAAAGGAGAUCUGCAUGUAUUCUUCGUUCAACGCAGGGGGAGAUGAGAGUGGAACUAGCGGGGAAAACAAUGACGAGACCCAGCUGCCUUUCCUACGGGGUGUCACUCUGCUGGAGGGCGGUUGGGUGGACAACGUACUGCAAGUCGGGUUCCAUCUGAGUGGUACGGUAACAGACACGGCCACGUCCUCUCAGCCUGAGAUGGUCUGCAGCGUGAGCGUCAGCUUCGACCGCUGUAAGAUCACCGCGGUGACCUGUAGCUGCGGCAACAAGGACAUAUUCUACUGCGCCCACGUGGUAGCGCUGGCCCUGUACCGCGUACGGAAGCCCGAGCAGGUCAAACUGCACCUGCCCAUCUCAGAGACGCUGUUCCAGAUGAGCAGAGAUCAGCUGCAGAAGUUUGUCCAGUACCUGAUAUCAGUGCAUCAUACAGAGGUGUUGCCCACCGCACAGAAACUGGCAGAUGAGAUCCUGUCAACCAACUCUGAGAUCAACCAGGUCCACGGGGCCCCGGACCCCACUGCAGGGGCCAGUGUGGAUGAUGAGAACUGUUGGCACUUGGAUGAGGAGCAGGUCCAGGAGCAGGUGAAACUCUUCCUGUCACAGGGAGGAUACCAUGGCUCUGGGAAACAACUAAACCUCCUGUUUAGCAAGGUGAGGGAGAUGCUGCGUAUGCGUGACUCCAACGGAGCACGGAUGUUAACACUGAUCACAGAACAGUUUAUGGCCGACCCUCGCCUGGCACUGUGGAGACAGCAGGGCACCACCAUGAACGACAAGUACAGACAGCUCUGGGACGAACUAGGUGCCCUGUGGAUGUGUAUCGUGUUGAACCCCCACUGUAAGACCGAGCAGAAGUGCUCGUGGCUCAGAGAGCUGAGGAGGUGGAACAGCGUGGACGUGUGCCCCUGGGAGGAUGGUAACCAUGGCAACGAUCUGCCCAACCUCACCCACUCCCUGCCUCAGGGUGCCCAUGGCAACCAAGAGUCACGUCCCCACAGGACGGUGUUCACACGGGCAAUCGAGGCGUGUGACCUCCACUGGCAGGAUCGUCACCUGCAGCACAUCAUUGCCAGCGACCUCUAUGCCAACUACUGUUACCACGACAACCAGGACGGCUCGCUCUUCGACACACGUGGAUGGCCCAUGUGGCACGAACACGUCCCGACGGCUUGUGCUCGGGUGGACGCCCUGCGUUCCCAUGGUUACCCCCGCGAAGCACUUCGAUUGGCCAUUGCCGUGGUAAACACACUACGACGGCAGCAGCAGAGACAACUGGACCACUUCCGCCGACAUAAGAAAGAGCUGCUCCAUAAAGCCAUCACCUCCAUAACCAACAUGGAAGGCUGGGUGGGUCACCCCCUGGAUCCCAUCGGAACCCUGUUCAGCACCCUCACUGAGACGGGACGGGGGGCAGAGGAGGGGGCCAACACCUGCCUUGACCUCUCAGAUUGUUCCAGUGUGGUGAGUCGUGCGGAGCUGCAGCGGUUGCCAGUGCAGAGGUUGCUAGGCGAGGGCGAAUCAUACGGGGCGCUGGCUGUAGAGACUGCUCUGAUUGGCUUAGGCCAGCAGAGGGUCAUGCCUGAUGGGCUGUAUGCCCAGGAGAAGGUGUGUCGCAACGAAGAGCAGCUAUUGGCCAAGCUGCAGGAAGUGGAGCUGGAUGACACGCUGGUCAAGAUCUUCCGCAAACAAGCAGUCUUCCUGUUAGAAAGUGGGCCGUACAGUGGCCUGGGAGAGAUUGUCCACAGAGAGAGUGUUCCCAUGCAUACCUUCACCCGCUAUCUCUUCACCUCUCUCCUACCUCAUGACGCUGAACUGGCGUACAAGAUUGCACUGAGAGCCAUGCGGUUGCCUGUGUUGGAGUCCACAGCCUCGUCAGGUGACCUGUCGCGACCCCAUCACAUGGUGUCUGUGGUCCCCAACCGCUACCCUCGCUGGUUCACACUCUCCCACAUAGAGUCCCAGCAGUGUGAACUGGCUUCCACCAUGCUGACCGCAGCCAAAGGUGAUAGUUGUAAGCUGGAGACGGUGCUAGAGUCAAUCCAGAAAAACAUCCACUCCUCGUCUCACAUCUUUAAACUGGCCCAGGAUGCCUUUAAGAUCGCAACAUUGAUGGACAGCCUGCCAGACAUUACUCUGCUCAAAGUUUCACUGGAGCUUGGGCUACAGGUGAUGAGGAUAACCCUGUCUACGCUGAACUGGAGGAGGAGGGAAAUGGUACGGUGGUUAGUUACCUGUGCAACCGAAGUAGGUGUGUAUGCGUUGGACAGCAUCAUGCAGAGUUGGUUCACCCUCUUCACCCCGACUGAGGCCACCAGCAUCGUGGCCACCACCGUCAUGUCCAACACCACCAUUGUCCGCCUGCGCCUGGACUGUCACCAGCAGGAGAACCUGGCCUCCUCCGCCCGGACCCUGGCCCUGCAGUGUGCCAUGAAGGAUCCCCAGAACUGUGCCCUCUCCGCUCUCACCCUCUGCGAGAAGGACCACAUCGCCUUCGAGACGGCCUACCAGAUCGUCCUGGACGCGGCCGUCGCGGGGAUGAGCUACACGCAGCUGUUUACGAUAGCUAGGUACAUGGAGCACAGAGGGUACCCUAUGAGGGCGUACAAGCUAGCCACGUUAGCCAUGGCUCAUCUUAACCUCAGCUACAACCAGGAUACCCACCCGGCUAUUAACGACGUGCUGUGGGCCUGCGCUCUGAGUCACUCGCUGGGCAAGAACGAGCUAGCUGCCGUCAUCCCCCUGGUGGUGAAGAGCGUGAAGUGCGCCACGGUGCUUUCCGACAUUUUGCGGCGGUGCACCCUGACCACGCCGGGGAUGGUGUCAGCGCUGCACAGCCGCAGGAACUCUGGGAAGCUGAUGUCGCUGGACAAGGCUCCGCUCAGGCAGCUGCUGGACGCCACAAUCGGGGCCUAUAUCAACACCACGCACUCUCGCCUCACGCACAUCAGCCCGCGGCACUACAGCGAGUUCAUCGAGUUCCUGGGGAAGUCCCGGGAGACGUUCCUCAUGGCCCACGACGGACACAUCCAGUUCACCCAGUUCAUAGACAACCUCAAACAGAUCUAUAAGGGCAAGAAGAAACUCAUGAUGCUGGUGAGGGAGCGGUUUGGCUGACCAGGGUCGGUCCCUAGUACUUUUCUAUUAACUCGAGUCUGCCUUUUUGAACUUCUUUUGGGCUUGAACAUGGACAAGUAAAGCGGGAGACGAAGCGAAAGAAGGAGAGAAAAAAUACUCAACAGAGCCACACGGUAUUAUCGUGAUUUGCUGUUAUUGUUAUGAACGUUGUUACUGUCAUUGCUAUGUGUACAGACGUGUUCUAUUUUCAGAAGAAGAAAUGUGUCAGGUUGUGAAUGUUGUGAGUGUUUCUCUGUGUGUGCGAGAGGAAAAACAGGAUAACGAAAAUGGCUUUUUGUGUUUUUUUUUUGUGUUUUUUUUAGCUUUUUUUUUUUAUUGUGUUUUUCAUUUUGGUUUUAUACUGAGUAUAUGUGGUCAAGUGGCUAAAGGCCCUUGUGCAAAAGCGCUUGUGUAAAAACGCAUUGGCAGCCUCAAAGAGACACUAUGGCUUUAAAACCACACAGCACCUCUUGGCUAUUGGCUACCGAACGUAGGAUGCACUGCACAGCUUGGCUCCUUGAGAAAACCACCAUUAGCAUUUCUGUUGACUCGGCACUUGCGUUUUCUCUCGGUCAUUAGGCAUGCGAGAGGUUGUAGAAUAAUGCUCUUAACAGACUCGUUGUUUCAGAUGUGGUAAUAAUGAAUAUCUGUUAGGUUGAGGAUGGCAGUACAGGACUACGGUAAUGCCACAUGCACCGUGAGAUGAGGAUAUAUAGUAUUAACAAAGUGAUUUACUAGCAUUUUGCUGUAUUAUGGCAGAUAUAUCUCAAAAUGUACUUAGAACCAUCAAACUUGUAAUUGUGGCUUCGUUUUUUUUUUGGUUGAAGUCUUAAGAGAAACUGUUGCUGGAGACAUUUGUCUCACGCCUUCUUCCUUUUAACCCAGUCUUUGCUAAAUGUACUGUAUUGGUGUUUCAGAAAGUGAAGAAAUCCAUUAGAGAUCAGGUGGAUCAGAAUACUAGCCUGGUUACCUGACUGUUUCUGUACUCGGAAGACUAGCCUGGUUACCUGGAUUUUUCUGUAUUCAAUGCUACAGUACAUCGCUGCCGUGGCAAGACAACCAAACACAGGUUAGCUAAAACAAGAAAGACCGGCUCCGACUAGUGACCCAGGCUACUGGAAGAUGUGUCGGACUGGGUAACUAACUACAGAUCAUGGUUAUAGUUGUGUGUAGCUUCAGAACGGGCCAGGGUCAAUGCUUUCUGUGCGUGUGGAACCAUAGAAUAAUUAGAAUACCAUUUAGAAUUCGGGUUCUAAUAGGCCUCUUCUAUGUGUAGAACCUUCAGCAACUGUCAACAGACGUUCUCAGGGAUUUCUCUAAAACGAAAAGGAAAAAGGAAGAGCGAAGAACGAGUACAGGAAAACAAAAACGUCACACGACACGAGCGAGCAUUUAUUGUACUGUGUGUGUGUAUAUAUACAAUAGUAUAAGUCUGAAUAUGGAGGAUUCAAAAGUAUAUGUUAACUAAAUUAUACAGAGUAUUCUAUGUAAUGUGAAAUACUUGAAGCCGCUGUAGCUCGCUCUUUUUCUGUUAGUCUUUCUGUACUUUUGUUUACCACAGAACGUGCCAGAAAGACUGAAUUGGCUAAUGGAGGGUUGCUGUAGGCUCACAAGAGUAGUGUCAGUACUAAAACAUUGGUUGAGAUUAUUGUGCCGGUAUCGACGGUUCGAUUGGUAUCUAUUCAAUUUAUUAGAGUACCGUGAAACUAUGUUAUUGUUUCACAAUUAACAAAUGUAUGAAUUUGACUGAUGUGCAAUAUUCCAAUGACACUGUACAUGGCAUAUGGCAACCCGAGCAUAGAUUUUUCAUAACAUUGAUCAGCUGUUGAGACAUGACUUUAGAGUUCUAACUUUGGCUAACCCAGUAGUGUGAAAUCUCUGGUCAAUCAAUGACACUGAUUGAUCCAUUAAAACCAGAAGGACUGUGACCCUCGAGGACAGGGAUUGUGCUCCGUUGCAAUGUACUACAGUUCUCCUCCUGUCUGCUUGCAUCUGAACACGGCGUCUCUCUCUCUCUCUCUCUCUCUCUCUCUCUGUAUAAGGUCUGCAAUUGUACUCAUAACUUGCCUUGUUUCUUUAUUUUUUAUUUAAAUUUUUAUUUUUAUUUUAAGCGCUUUCUCUUGUUCUUUUGAAAGAAGAAACAGACUUUUCUCUUGCCUUGUCUUAACACUUUUUAAAGUAACCAAACAGGAGUUCUAACAACCAAACAAAUGUGUUCCAAGAAGUGAAAACCAAGCCGCCUUGGUCCCAGCUUUAGUGUCCUUAAUUAGUAACUGAACGGGCUCUGUAAACUCUGUGCUUUUAACAAAGCAUUUCCUCGUGUGUUUGGUGGAAAAACGUCGUCCUGUGUCUCAUCCUCUAAUGAAAGGAUUUUCUCUUUCUUUCUAGCUGUUUUAUUCUUUUUGUUCUGUUCGUGUAGGAAAUAGUCUUCUGUUUUUCCAUUUUAUUUAUUACAAUGAUCCAUGUAUACAUGCUUAUGAAAUUAAGAUUUGAUACACCAAUAUCAAUUUAUUUAUGUAACUAAAAUCACUGUUUUAUAAUCUUGUUAAUUAAUGAGUCAAUUGAUUUGUGUUUUGUUUUAAUUAAAGUUUUUUUUUUUUUAAGGUA